AUGGAGUGCUGCAGGUUUGCUCUGCUGGCUGUGCUGAUCUCCUGCAUUGAACAGUGCUUGUCCACCUCCUGUGUGGUGGACAGCUUUAUGACCAAGCAAGACUUUGACCCCAAGAGAUAUGCUGGGAAGUGGUAUGCUCUCCAGAAGAAGGACCCUGAGGGCCUCUUCCUGCAGGACAACAUUUCUGCCGAGUACACUGUCGAGGAUGACGGCACAAUGACCGCCUCGUCCAAGGGCCGCGUCACACUUUUUGGGUUCUGGGUUGUGUGUGCUGAUAUGGCUGCCCAGUAUUCUGUGCCUGACCCCUCCAUCCCUAGCAAGAUGUUCAUGAACUACCAGGGUUUGGCCAGCUACCUGUCCAGUGGAGGCGACAACUACUGGGUGAUUGACACCGACUAUGACAACUAUGCUAUCACCUACGCCUGCCGCACGCUGAAGGAAGAUGGGACCUGCGAUGACGGCUAUGCUCUGGUUUUCUCACGUAACCCCCGUGGGCUGCCGCCUGCCAUUCAACGACUCGUUCGGCAGAAGCAGGAGGAGAUUUGCAUGGCAGGCCAGUUCGAACCCGUGCUGCAAUCAGGAGCCUGCUAG